UUCUGUGCCAAUGACCCUGAAGUGUUUGUUCAAGCAGCACUGUUGGCUCAGGAUUAUUGCGAUGCCAUAGACCUAAAUUUGGGUUGCCCUCAAAUGAUUGCAAAGAGAGGUCACUAUGGAGCAUUUCUGCAGGAGGAGUGGGAUCUUCUUCAGAGAAUGAUUUUACUGGCUAACGAGAAGCUCUCUGUCCCCAUCACAUGCAAAAUCCGCGUUUUCCCCGAAAUUGCCAAGACAGUGAAGUAUGCACAGAUGCUGGAGAAAGCUGGCUGCCAGCUGCUGACUGUGCAUGGUCGUACUAAAGAACAGAAAGGACCGCUUGCUGGUGUGGCAUCUUGGGAGCACAUUCAAGCUGUCAGAAAAGCUGUAAGCAUUCCUGUCUUUGCAAAUGGAAACAUCCAGUGUCUGAAAGAUGUAGAAGAGUGUAUUCGUAAGACAGGAGUGCAUGGUGUCAUGAGUGCAGAAGGUAAUCUUCAUAACCCAGCUUUGUUUGAGGGCCGAAACCCAUUGGUGUGGGAGAUGGCUGAGGAGUAUCUGGAGAUAGUGCAGAAGUACCCUUGUCCAUUGUCUUAUGUUAGGGCUCAUCUCUUCAAGCUCUGGCAUCACACGCUUCAAGUUUACCAGCAGCUGCGUGAAGAAUUAGCAAAAGUGAAGACUCUAGAGGGCAUUGUAGAUGUCAACAGGGAGCUGAAACUACGAUGUCAGGAAGAAAUAGCUAAUCAGAAAGAAGGAGAAAAGCCAAAAGAGGGGUUGCCUUUUUUCCACUGGAUCUGUCAGCCGUACAUCAGGCCAGGGCCAAAGGAGAGAUGCAAGGAGAAUGGAGCCAGUGGAACCGAAAAAGGCGUGCGAGGAAAACGUGCUCUGGAAGAGGAAGAAGAUGGAAAUUCUGAGUUUCUGUCAAAGAAUAAACAAAAAAAGAAGUUAAGAAAUCCAAAUAAAAGCUUUGAUCCAUCUUUAAAACCCAAAUAUGCGAAAUGUGAUCAAUGUGGAAACCCUAAGGGCAAUAAAUGUGUAUUUAACAUGUGCCGAGGAUGCUGUAAGAAAAGAGCAUUCAAAGAGACAGCAGACUGUCCAGGUCAUGGAUUACUUUUUAAGACCAAAUAUGAAAAAUCCCUUUCAUGGCAGAGUAGUCAAAGAAUAAUUCAAAGCCCAGAGCUCAGUCGGAGAGGAGAUGUAGAUGUGGGAGACACGGCUGUACUGAAGGAGGCUGCUGAUCGUGCAGUGUGAAACUUCGGAAAUGAAUAGUUCAGAGCUCCUGCCAGGCCUCUGCUUCCCUGGGCCAAAGAACAUGCUGUCUCCAGCUCACCGUCAGCUGUGUGAACUUGUUCCACAGGUUUAUUUUAAGUUCUGGAAAAGUUUUAUUUAAGUAAAAAGCUGCUUACUCAGGGAAUAAUCCUGCAUUUUAAAUAAAAAGGAUGCA